AUGGAUGAUGGCAACGGGACUGUGCUGCCGACGACACCGAGUCCAGAGUACGAUCCCCACAGCCCUGCGAUGAGUGAAGUCUCCCAUGAGACAGUGGUGCAGGAGAGGUCCACGGCCAAGGCACGGACCCAAGUCUUCGCAUGGCCGACACCACCAGAUUGGGUGAACCUACAGGCUGCUGCCCAACAAGCAGCGGUGCUGGGCCGACUGGGACCACACCACUGGUGCCUCCAACAGCACCCUUGGAACAGCACCAUUGCUGGCUCCGACAGCACCAUUGGUGCCUCCGACAGCACCAUUCCUGACUCCUCAUGGCUGCCUUCAGUUGGACCAAUGGUGCCCCCAGUGGCACCAUGCCUGCCUUCAGCAGCACCACUGCUGCAACCGAUGGUGCCUCCAGCGGCAGCAUUUCCUCCAGCUGGAUGGGUCCAUGGUUGGCAGUCAGAGGCAACCACACACAGCAUGGAGGUAACAUUCGGAGGCAGGGGACCCAGUCAGCCACGACAACCCCCAGCAGAGGCCGCAGCAAGACCAGCACAGCAGGCAGCACCACCAACAGCACAACAAGGCCCUGAGGCCCAAGGGAAGGAACAGCAACAACCACCAUCCCAAGCAGCCGGGCCAACAACACAGCAGCAGCCACGGCAGCAGCCACCCACAGCAGAGCAACAGCCACAGCAGCAGCAACCUCCCUGGCGGCGACAACAAGCACCACAGCCAGCACCACCAAAGUCAGCAGCGGAAGCGGCGAGGCCACCAAAGGAACCAGCAAAGUCAGCAACGGAAGCGGCGAGGCCACCAAUGGAACCCACUCGACCAGUGGGCCCAAUCAGCAAAGCCAACGUUAUGAAGGGCAAAGGCAAAGGCAAAGAAUCCAACAUCCCGGCCGCAUUCCGAAAGCAAGCAUUGGGCCACACACCCAUGGUCGUUCCGCCACCGAAGCAAACACCAGAGCCGGCCACCUCCUCCCACGACCCAUGGGCUUUCCAAGGACCGCCGCCCAAGCUGCAGCCACGAGAACCAGACUACCCACCACCUGGAUUCGGGCCAAAGCAAGUGGGAAAAGAACCACCAAAGGCCAGGCGACCCACUGCUGCUGCACCAGCCGGUGCCAUGCCAGAUGUGCCACACCGACACACAGGCUGGAAACACAAAGCAUGUUGGCUGUUGACCAGAUACAGCCAAGAAGAUUGGAGAGGGGUCCAGGAGCUGUGCAGCAGCUUCCAAAAGGAGCUCCAUGACCACGAACCAGUGAUGUGGCUGGACGGGAAACCAACGUGGGCCAGGAAGGUCCAAUGGUUCAUUGACCAUUGGACCCAGGGCGACUAUGCUCGCUGCCACAGACUCUACCAGUUCAGCACGGAGUCCCAGAUGGCCCAGUACUUGGCUGAGCAUGCCAUGGUGGUGGAGGAGCACGGGAGCCUGGUCGUCACUACCAUGGCGACCACACUCGUGGAAAGGAUCCGUGCGGCCAAGAAUUGGACAUCGGCAGGCAUCAUCCAAUUGAUCGGUGAAGUCCAAAGCAUGGAGCUGCCAGAUGCCAUAAAGGAGAGCAUCCAGGAGGCCGUUGAGACAUGCCAGACCAACGAAGCCUCCCACAUCAAGCUCUCCACUUGCGGCCAGAAGAUAUUCCAUGUGCCAGCAUACUUGACCACGGCGGAUUGGCAGGCUCUCGAAUCUGCCGUAUCCAAGGAUGACCAGAUGUCUGUCAUGGCCAAAAGGCUCCGAGCAAUGGGCCUUACCUCCCUGAAGGAGAACACGGUGCACCAGGUGCUCGCCACCCUGCUCUACGUCAACCACAGCCGAGGCCAACCACAGAUGCAGCCGAGGGCCAUACAUUCCAUGGUAGACGACUUCCAGGCCAUCUUCCACGGCACGGCCAAGAUUGACUGUGCCCAAACUGGCCACUUACUCGGAGGAUCCUCUCCAGAAUGGAAGGUGCCCAUGAGGAAGAACCAUCAUUUGCUGGUUGGCUAUCAUGUGCCGGCGGAGUCCAACAAGGCACAUGGAAGCCAUGACCAUCUGGCCAAAGCUGCCCAAAUGCUCUCUGGGCUUCACCACCUGCAGAGCCAGAGAUUAAACUCUUGCAUGCAGAACCUGCCAACACCGCAGCAGCAACCAUCGCAGCUUGCACUUCUGCCGGUGCAGAACGACCAGAACCAAGCGGUGCAGCAGCAGCCGCUGCAGCAGCAGCCGCUGCAGCAGCAGCAGCCGCUGCAGCAGCAGCAGCCAGUGCAGCUGCAGCAGCCCUCGCAGCAGCCACUGCAACUGCAGCAGCCCUCGCCCCAGCCACUGCAGCUGCAGCAGCCGUCGCAGCAAACAGCACUGCAGCAGACUUCUGCUACGGCCCAUGAUGAGGCGGGCAGCCAAGCAGCAGUGCCGCCGGAUCCCAUGCUCGCCACAGCCGAGCCAGACAUGUGUACGGAGAAGCCCUGCAAUUCCAAGCCAAAGACUUUGCAGGAGUUUGAGGACCAGCACUUCCAGGAACUCAGGAAGAGGACCACCUGCCGCCGCACAAGCGGGAUCCACCGAUUUUCGGGUGCCCCAAAUGCCGAGGGAAUCCAGGCGGUUGUGGGCAGUGCCAGAUGGCCAAGUGAGCUCCAGGGCCACGGCGGGGAGACCUCCCGUGUCACCAUAAUUGGAGAGGUCCACGGCCAAGGCACGGACCCAAGUCUUCGCAUGGCCGACACCACCAGAUUGGGUGAACCUACAGGCUGCUGCCCAACAAGCAGCGGUGCUGGGCCGACUGGGACCAGUGCUGGGACAGUUUGGGCCGACAGCACCACUGGUGCCUCCAACAGCACCCUUGGAACAGCACCAUUGCUGGCUCCGACAGCACCAUUGGUGCCUCCGACAGCACCAUUCCUGACUCCUCAUGGCUGCCUUCAGUUGGACCAAUGGUGCCCCCAGUGGCACCAUGCCUGCCUUCAGCAGCACCACUGCUGCAACCGAUGGUGCCUCCAGCGGCAGCAUUUCCUCCAGCUGGAUGGGUCCAUGGUUGGCAGUCAGAGGCCACCAAUGGAACCCACUCGACCAGUGGGCCCAAUCAGCAAAGCCAACGUUAUGAAGGGCAAAGGCAAAGGCAAAGAAUCCAACAUCCCGGCCGCAUUCCGAAAGCAAGCAUUGGGCCACACACCCAUGGUCGUUCCGCCACCGAAGCAAACACCAGAGCCGGCCACCUCCUCCCACGACCCAUGGGCUUUCCAAGGACCGCCGCCCAAGCUGCAGCCACGAGAACCAGACUACCCACCACCUGGAUUCGGGCCAAAGCAAGUGGGAAAAGAACCACCAAAGGCCAGGCGACCCACUGCUGCUGCACCAGCCGGUGCCAUGCCAGAUGUGCCACACCGACACACAGGCUGGAAACACAAAGCAUGUUGGCUGUUGACCAGAUACAGCCAAGAAGAUUGGAGAGGGGUCCAGGAGCUGUGCAGCAGCUUCCAAAAGGAGCUCCAUGACCACGAACCAGUGCUGUGGCUGGACGGGAAACCAACGUGGGCCAGGAAGGUCCAAUGGUUCAUUGACCAUUGGACCCAGGGCGACUAUGCUCGCUGCCACAGACUCUACCAGUGGUUCAGCACGGAGUCCCAGAUGGCCCAGUACUUGGCUGAGCAUGCCAUGGUGGUGGAGGGGCACGGGAGCCUGGUCGUCACUACCAUGGCGACCACAUUCGUGGAAAGGAUCCGUGCGGCAAAGAAUUGGACAUCCGCAGGCAUCAUCCAAUUGAUCGGUGAAGUCCAAAGCAUGGAGCUGCCAGAUGCCAUAAAGGAGAGCAUCCAGGAGGCCGUUGAGACAUGCCAGACCAACGAAGCCUCCCACAUCAAGCUCUCCACUUGCGGCCAGAAGAUAGUCCAUGUGCCAGCAUACUUGACCACGGCGGAUUGGCAGGCUCUCGAAUCUGCCGUAUCCAAGGAUGACCAGAUGUCUGUCAUGGCCAAAAGGCUCCGAGCAAUGGGCCUUACCUCCCUGAAGGAGAACACGGUGCACCAGGUGCUCGCCACCCUGCUCUACGUCAACCACAGCCGAGGCCAACCACAGAUGCAGCCGAGGGCCAUACAUUCCAUGGUAGACGACUUCCAGGCCAUCUUCCACGGCACGGCCAAGAUUGACUGUGCCCAAACUGGCCACUUACUCGGAGGAUCCUCUCCAGAAUGGAAGGUGCCCAUGAGGAAGAACCAUCAUUUGCUGGUUGGCUAUCAUGUGCCGGCGGAGUCCAACAAGGCACAUGGAAGCCAUGACCAUCUGGCCAAAGCUGCCCAAAUGCUCUCUGGGCUUCACCACCUGCAGAGCCAGAGAUUAAACUCUUGCAUGCAGAACCUGCCAACACCGCAGCAGCAACCAUCGCAGCUUGCACUUCUGCCGGUGCAGAACGACCAGAACCAAGCGGUGCAGCAGCAGCCGCUGCAGCAGCAGCCGCUGCAGCAGCAGCAGCCGCUGCAGCAGCAGCAGCCAGUGCAGCUGCAGCAGCCCUCGCAGCAGCCACUGCAACUGCAGCAGCCCUCGCCCCAGCCACUGCAGCUGCAGCAGCCGUCGCAGCAAACAGCACUGCAGCAGACUUCUGCUACGGCCCAUGAUGAGGCGGGCAGCCAAGCAGCAGUGCCGCCGGAUCCCAUGCUCGCCACAGCCGAGCCAGACAUGUGUACGGAGAAGCCCUGCAAUUCCAAGCCAAAGACUUUGCAGGAGUUUGAGGACCAGCACUUCCAGGCCAGCCUGCCAGGCCAUUCCCAAAGUGCUUUGGCGGGCUUCGUCAAAGCAGCCAAAGAGCAGGGCCUCCCGGAAGCCAGUUCUUCCAACGACCAGCGAAAGGCACGGCAACAGCUUCUUGAAAGCUGUGAUGGCGGCCCCCUGGGACCAUUGAUCCAGCAGGCAGAACUGCCCAUGAGCGACGGUGCCACAGUGACCAUCCAUUUUGCCAACCUUCUGGUCUAUAUCACCAGUCUUUUCGCCAUGGGGGGCAGCUUCCAUGAUCUGCUCCAAAGGAAGCAUGCGGCCAAUCCCUCGUCGCUGGACAAGCCCUGGUCCUUGAUCUUGUAUUGCGACGAGGUGAUCCCUGGCAAUGUUCUUGGUCGUGCUGAACGCAAGCUAUGGGCCAUUUACGCCACCUUCCUCCAGCUAGGCCAAGAAGCCAUGGGCCACGAAGACAUGUGGCUGACCAUCAGCCUAGAAAGAUCCACCUUCGUGGCCCAAUUGCCAGGUGGCAUCGGCCAGGUGUUCGCCAAGAUUCUGGAAGCCAUCUUUUGCUGCCCCAUGGCUGAACCAUGUGGAGGCCUGCUCUUGAAAAGUCCACAUGGGCCCAUGGGCAACAUCCGCCUCCAUUUCAAUUGGGGUAUAUGCCUCGCUGAUGGGGCUGCCCAGAAGCAGAUCUGGUCUUCCAAAGGCGACGCUGGUACCCGAUUUUGCAUGUUAUGCGCAAACAUCCACUCAGCAGCCACCAUGGCUGCAGGCCAGGAUGUCAUUGACCAUGCGACGACCAAAUACCACCAACUGCGCUUGACAACCGACACUGAGGUCAUCCAGUCCUACCAUCGUUUGGACCAACGGCAGCAAACAUGCACCAAGGCGGAUUUCCAGCACUGGCAGCAGGCCGCAGGGUGGACGUGGAAUGCCCAUGCCCUCCUCUUGAACCAGCCGCUGUUGUCCAGAGGCCACAUUCGACCAGUGAGCCAGUUUUGCCACGAUUGGAUGCAUGGGAUCUUGCAAGGCACUGGCCCUGUCGUCCUCUUCCAGACAAUGGAGACCAUUGGCAUGGCAAUGGGUUUCAAUGCUUGGGAUUCCAUGGAAAAGUACAUCCAGCUCUGGUCCUGUCCAGGGGCUUCCAAAGCAGGGCACCUGAAAGCUUUGUUUUCCUCCAGGAUGGUGAGCAAACACCAGGCAAGUUAUAAGUUUUCCUGCCAGGCCAGCGACCUCUUGAGUAUAUUCCCCAUUGUGCGGCAUUAUCUCCACACCAUGGUUAUGCCGGUGGGCGGCUGCCCCAUUAAGGCCUGCGAGGCAUUCUUGGCCCAUGCAGACCUGCUCGACCAGGUGCACCAAGGAACCAUGUAUGGGGCCACUACCAGGGCAAGCCUACUACCAGCUGCUGAGUCGGCCAUCCAGAGUUUCGUGGAAGCCAACUUCGGAGUUUCCUUAAUAAAGAAGUGGCACUGGCUUCUGCACCUGCCUGAUUUCUUGGAGAGGUAUGGGAUGUUGCCAAGCACUUUCACCACUGAGCGCAAGCACAAAACCAUUGCCAAGUAUGCCACCAACUUGCAGAAGACCACGGCUUUCGAAAGCCAUUUGAUGCAGCAGGUCGUGGCCAUGGAGAUCACCACUUUGAAGGAGCCAGGUCUGCACCCGGACACCUGCCAGCUGCUGAAGCCAAAGAAAGCUACCAAGCAGCAAGUCCAAGUCCUCCGCGACUUCGUGGAUGGCCCAUUGAACGAAGCCAUGGUUGCUUCGAGUGCGAAGCUUGCCAAAGGUGGCACCAUUCAUGCCCACGAUGUGGUUGUCUUCCAGCAGCAAGACGGACGUUGGGAAGUCGGCCAAGUUUGGUUCCACUUGGAAGUGGGUGCUCAACAGGUCACACUUCUCCAGCGGUGGACUCCCACGGUGAACAAAGCAUCCCACUCUGCGAAAUGCACCAUCACGAACGAGCAAGGCUUCGUUCCCAUCGACUCCAUCCAGUACCCACUGCUGUAUAGUAAAGCCUCAGACCAAGAGGCCACGGUGCUCAUCCCGUACCAGCUUAACUGCAGGCUGUGA